GUCUGAGGGCGAUGGACUACAACUCCCGUCGCACCUUGCGCGGGUAGCCCGGCAGCUUCCGGUCGUGUGACGGUUGCCGGCCAGUUAACCGGUGGUGACGUCAGUGGGACAUGAAGCGAUGGCGAUGGAGGGUGAUUCAGGAAAGAUUGGUGGGGCUAUCAAAUCCAGUGGUGAGCGAUCCUUUAGUCUGGAGCGUCUCGGUUCUUCCAACCGACCAAAUAAACUGUACGUGAACCUCAUGAAACAAGAGGAGCUAAUCGCACAGAAGAAAAGGGAAAUUGAAGCCAAACUGGAGAAGGCCAAGAAGGACAGCUUCACAAAGCUGCAAGCAGCACCUGCUCAGGACAAUGACCAAAAGAACAUGCCCAACAAAUUUGCCAAUGAUGGCAGCUUCUUGCAGGCCUUCCUGAAGAUGCAGAAGGAGAAAUCAAGUACAGGGGGAGCGACUGGUAAUGGCAGCAACUCCACCAGCCCUUCUGGGGCCCAGUCGCAAAAGAGACAGAUUCUAAUCGGCAAACGGCCGGGCCUGGGAGUGAGUUCUCUGGGCAGCACAUUAGGCCAAAUGAAGAACUACACCCAUGCCAAGCAAACCCCCAUUGCUAACCGCCCCAGCGUCUUCCAGUCACCAGAUGAUGACGAUGAUGAGGAGGACGAUGACGAUCUUGAACAGUGGGCAGAAGUCAAAGUUUCACCCCCAGAGGAACCGGAGGUGAGGAGCGUCGCUGAGAAGCUGGCGAAAUACGUUGCGGAUGGGGGUCACGAGGUUGAGAAGCUUGCCAUCCAGAACAACAGGGACAACCCUGCCUUCUCCUUCUUGUACGAUCGCAACAGCCGGGCUUUUCUUUAUUACAAGAAAAAAGUUGCGGAAAUCAAACGAGAAAGGCUGCUCAGUCAGUCGGCACCCAAGCCGCUGGCACCAACCCCCACCCCCUCUGCAUCUGUCACAAAAGUUUCACCCCCAGACGACCCGGAGCUCCGGAGUGUGAUUGAGAAGUUGGCAAAGUUUGUGGCCGACGGGGGUCCAGAUGUGGAAAAGAUGGCCAUUCAGGAUAAUCAGGACAACCCUGCUUUCUGGUUUCUGUAUGAGCAGAAUAGCGAUGCGUAUCAAUACUACAGGGACACAGUCGAAGUCUUCUGUAAAGUGAAAGCUAUUGCGCAGAAGGCUGUACAAGCAAGCUUGAUGGCGGUGCCGACUGCAGCCGAACAGAAGAGGAAAGGUUCUCCUGAGCCCACUUCUGACGACUCGCCCACUGAGCCUGCAGCCGCAGCACCAUCUUCCUCUUUGCUUAAAAAGAGAAAGAAGAGCCGGUGGGGCCCAGAGGUCGACAAGAUUGAACUCCCUCCUCCUGAAUUGGCUUAUCCCAUGCCAGUGCCUGGCUUAACAACUCAGGAGUUGAAGGGGCUCGGCUAUCAGAAAGGUAAGCCAGUCGGAUUGGUGGGAGUCACCGAACUCAGUGAUGCACAGAAGAUACAGAUAAAGGAACAACAGGAGAUGCAGCAGAUGUACGACAUGAUCAUGCAGCACAAGCAGGCCAUGCACGAGAUGCAGAUGAUGUGGGAGAAAGCGAUGCAGGAUCACCGGUACGAGUACGACAGUGACGAGGAGAUCGACGGCGACGGGGGGACCUGGGAACACCGCCUGCGGCACAUGGAGAUGGAGAAGACCAGAGAGUGGGCAGAACAACUGACAGAAAUGGGUCGCGGGAAACAUUUCAUUGGAGAUUUUCUUCCUCCCGAUGAACUGGACAAAUUCAUGGAGACAUUCAAAGCUCUAAAAGAAGGCAGAGAGCCCGAUUAUUCCGACUACAAGGAUUUCAAAAUUACCGUGGAGAACAUUGGUUACCAAAUGCUGAUGAAAAUGGGCUGGAAGGAAGGUGAUGGUCUGGGCUCUGACGGUCAAGGCAUCAAAGCUCCAGUCCCCAGAGGCAACACGACGGUGGAUGGAGCUGGGUUUGGUAUCGAUCGCCCAGCAGAGCUGAGUAAGGGUGAUGAUGAGUAUGAGGCAUUCCGCAAGCGUAUGAUGUUGGCCUACAGGUUCAGGCCCAACCCACUGAAUAACCCGAGACGACCUUAUUACUGACCUGCUCACAAUGCUGGAACGGACUUUACUGUUCAAUCGUUGGCUGUGAUGUUAGUUUGUUUCAACAGCACAACAUCAGUUGAACAUACUUGUGUGGGAUGAACCUAAGGGUUGGGUUUUCCUUCAUUAAACUGUGCUAGAACUCUCUGUAUCACUGAUAUUAGGCCACCCUGAUCCA